CCAAAUGUGUCCGCCGUAGGAGUCCAUUCGUUYGUGCGAAUGUGGCGUGGAUUUGGGUUUGCGCUGGAAAUACUCCAAACUACUUAUUCUACAGUCGCCAGAAAACCUGUUUGUACUCUACAACGAAUACAUUUACAGGCUAGCUGUUUUUUCGUAAGCUCCGUGGACGUUAGUCGCUCAGAAAUACAACAAUACAUGUCAAGUGCACCGAAAAGAAUCUGCACUGACAAAAUGACCGUGAAAAAGAUCGGAACACACAACGGAACGUUUCACUGCGACGAAGUCCUGGCCUGUUUUUUUCUCCGCCAGUUACCAGAGUACGCGGAUGCUGAGAUUGUUCGGACCAGGGAUCCAGCCCUCUUGGCAGAAUGUGACAUUGUUGUAGAUGUUGGAGGAGAAUUUGAUCCAAAGAGGCACCGUUAUGACCAUCAUCAGAGGACGUUUGCAGAAAGUUUCCAAAGUCUGUGUCCAGAGAAGCCGUGGGUGACUAAGCUCAGCUCUGCCGGCCUGGUCUACCUCCACUUUGGUCGUCGCCUCCUGAGCCAGCUGACGAAGCUGAAGGAGGACGACAAGCAGCUGGAGGUUCUUUUUGACAAGCUUUAUGAGAACUUUGUGGAGGAGGUGGACGCUAUAGACAACGGUAUCUCUCAGUUUGAUGGGGAGCCACGUUACGCUGUGUCCACCACGCUGAGCUCACGUGUCGGGCACCUGAAUCCUGCGUGGAACAGCAAGAGUCAGGACACAGAGGAGGGUUUCAGAAAGGCUCUGAAGAUGGUUGGGGAUGAGUUCCUGGACCGUCUGGAUUUUUUCAGCUCAUCCUGGCUGCCGGCUCGGGAGGUUGUAAAGGAAGCAGUCAUGGGGAGACAUCAGGUUGAUCCUAGCGGGGAGAUCAUGGUGUUCUCUCAGAGUGGGUGUCCCUGGAAGGAGCACUUGUUUGCACUGGAGGAGGAGCUGCAGGUGGAGGUCCCCAUAAAGUUUGUCCUUUAUUCAGAUCAGAAUGGACAGUGGCGGGUCCAGUGUGUUCCUGCAGGGCUCCACACCUUCCAGAACAGGCUGCCCCUUCUGGAAGAAUGGCGUGGCGUACGAGAUGAGGCGCUGUCGGAGCUGAGCGGGAUUAAAGGCUGCAUCUUUGUCCAUGCUGGAGGAUUUAUUGGAGGCAACAAGACCAAGGAAGGAGCCCUGGAGAUGGCCAGACGGACCCUGCAGGCUGCUGCCCAGCCUCCAGCAAAUGGAAGCAGCUGAUUGCUUAAAAAAUAGACAUUAAUGUUUGGAUAUCCUAAUAAGUAUGAUGGCUUAGUGUAAUCUCAACCUGGAUGUCAGUUCAUGUUAUUUCAUGUUCUAUUUGCUCUUUUAACUAUGUUGAUAAUAUUUUUUGUUUGCAGUGAAGGACUACUUUGGGUUACAUUCUGGUGUUUAGUCCUGUGUUAAAACGAGCAAUAAACUGUUUUUUAACUCUG